GCGUGUCCUGAAGGGGGAGGUGUUGUCUCGUGGUUUGGGUCAUUGCGCCAGUAAUCUGCCACAGAAGAAGUCAUCCAGCUUCUCGAGGAACUAUGGCGGCCGCCUUGAGAGGAACGGCAUUAGCGCUGGCCAAGGGCCUGGGAGGCGCCCGCUUGCAUCAACUGGUCUCUAGACCUCUAAGUGUUUCUGCAAGUCUUUGUGGAUCUGAAGCCCCACCUGCCCGUGCUGAUAGUACCUUCAAAGUCACUAUGAUUCCAGGUGAUGGAGUGGGACCUGAGCUGAUGACUGCAGUCAAGGAUGUCUUUAAGGCAGGUGACAUCCCUGUUGAAUUCGAUGAGUUCUAUAUCAGUGAAGUGCAGAACAGGGCGUCUGACGAAAGACUAGAGAAAUUAUUGGACUCGAUGAAAAGCAAUAGAGUGGCUAUUAAAGGAAAGAUUCACUCACCAAUGGAGAACAAAGGGGAGUUGGAGUCUUUUGAAAUGAAACUAAGGCGCACACUGGACCUGUUUGCUAACGUGGUCCGUGUGAGCAGCCUGCCCGGCUACAGCACUCGCCAUAACAACCUGGACCUCGUCAUCAUUCGUGAGCAGACCGAGGGGGAGUACAGCUCCCUGGAGCACGAGAGUGUGCCCGGUGUGAUCGAAUGUUUGAAGAUCAUCACCAGAGAGAAGUCACGACGCAUCGCCAAGUUUGCCUUUGACUACGCCACUAAGACAGGUCGAAGCAAGGUCACAGCAGUUCACAAAGCAAACAUCAUGAAACUAGGCGAUGGGCUGUUUCUGCAGAGUUGUGCAGAGGUGGCGGAACUUUACCCCAAAAUCAAACAUGAGAACAUAAUCAUCGAUAACUGUUGCAUGCAGCUGGUUCAGAACCCCUACCAGUUUGACGUACUGGUCAUGCCCAACCUGUAUGGAAAUAUCAUCGAUAACUUGGCAGCAGGACUGGUUGGAGGAGCCGGAGUCGUUCCAGGGGAAAGUUACAGUGCAGAAUAUGCUGUUUUUGAAACUGGAGCUCGCCACCCCUUUGCGCAAGCAGUGGGCAGGAACAUCGCCAACCCCACAGCAAUGCUCCUCAGUGCUGCUAACAUGCUGAGGCACCUCAAUCUGGAGUACCACUCCCAAAUGGUGUCAGAAGCUGUCAAGAAAGUCAUCAAACAGGGAAAGGUGCGCACCGGAGACCUGGGGGGCUACUCGACAUGUGAUGAAUUCACCCGGGCCGUCAUUGCUAACCUGCCAGUCAUAGCUUUGUAAAUGCAAAUCUGUCAGCUGCUGAGACACACGCACACAUUCUGUUUUUUUCUUUGCCUUCUGUCAUGGACUGUGCACUGUCUCGACAAUGUACUACAAAACACAGAAAAUCUGCACCGUUAUGUUCACAAAACAUUGUUUAAAGUGACAUUUUGAAGAAAAACAAUAAGAGUUGCAAGCAUACAUCAUCUACGCCAACCUUUUGCUUUCUCAAAACUGUAAAAUUCUGCCUAAUGGCUUUAUUUCAGGUCACUAAGCAGCAGUCAAAACGUGAUGGAUUUAUACAUCUGAUUAUUUAUUAACGUCGGUUUUUAGCAUAUCGCUUCACUUAUGGCGAAAUGUGAAUAAAAAAUGAGAUGUAACAGCAAGAGUGUGAAGCAGUCUCAUGACUCUUAAUGGAAACCUGAUGCAGUAUUUAGUGGUAUUAAAGGUUCAUCACAGCCGUGGGUGGCUUUGGUCA